UAGCAUCGAUGUUUCCGAUGCAUCGAUUAAUGAGUGCGAACCACGAUCCAGAAAAUCCUGCAAGUCUUGAAUAUGGACGAAGAAUCAGACUAUGAAGAGGAGGAAUUUUUAAUAUUCGCUGACUUUAAAAAUCAGCUAGGUUCUCUUGAACUGGAUGAAAACAUUCCAGUUAAAAUAAUUGGUCUGGACAGUGAUCCAGUUGCUGAAGUAAAUGGAAAUAUAUUUAAAGGAAGCUUUGAUAACCCAAUGGGAACGUGUGUGUUCUUUGAGAAAGAUCCAGACGCCACACCGUCAGAUCCGUUGUUUGAAACUACUUGUCGACAAAAAUAUAAAUAUUUCGCCAAAACUAGUAAAAUAAUAUAUUUUGAACGUGUCUUUGCCGAAAGUAAAGAAUGUGAACGGAUGGAUGAUACGCCUGAUGCUGAUAACAAAAAAGCGUCUCUCGAAAAAGGCGAUACCGGCAUAAAUCAAGACAGACAUGAAAGACCAUUUGCGGAGGUUAAUCUUCAAAUAAAUAUGUCUUACGACGAAGCUAUAAGAAAAUUUCAAUCGUUCGAUGAUAUUCGUUGAGUUACUAACCUUAACAAAUUAAUAUAAGUAGAAUGUAUGUAUGUAUGUAUGUACAUAUUUGUCCACAUAUGUAUGUAUAUGUCCCGGUCCCAAAAAUAUAAUAUGCUACCACUUCAACUGGA